AUGCGUCGAUCGUUCGUUAUCCUCGUUAUCCUCGUUAUCUUCGGGGGCGUCGCACCCGCGGCGCGCGCGGAGCCGCCCCAGGAGGACUGGACCCUGUGGAAUAACCUGUACCAGCGGUGCCUGUACAACUGCGGCUUCGACGGAUGCUCCAGGCUGGGGUACAAGGACGUCACGUACGUGACCGGCGGGUGCGUCGAGGGUUGCAGGAACGGGGGUCCGAAGGACGGCGGCGCCGCGCCCGACUUUGACCUCGGCAUGAAACUCACGGGGUGGACGUGCCAGACCGACUGCAAGUACCGGUGCAUGCACACGCUGCAGACGAUCAGGCGGAGCGAGGGCCUGCCACCUGCCAAGUACUACGGGAAGUGGAGCUUCACCAGGGUGUUCGGAGUGCAGGAGAUCGUAUCGACGCUCGCGUCGCUGGCCAACAUGGGGGUCCACCUGUGGUUCAUCCCGUCGGUGUACGCAGCCGCGAGGAACAGGACGUCGGCGACAUCGGCGGGACCCUGCGGCUCGGCAUUCGCCAGGACCUGGCUCGUCAACGCCGCAAUCAACGCCAACGCGUGGCUAUGGAGCGCGGUGUUCCACUCGAGGGACACGCGAUGGACCGAGUUCAUGGACUACACAUCCGCCAACCUGCUCAUGUUCUCGGCGCUGUACUGCGUGUUGGUCAGGACGUUUGAGCUGGACAACCGGCGAAGCGCGGGGCUGUUUUUCGCGUUUUUCGCAUGGCUGGUGUCGCACGUGCGGAUGGUCAACAACCCGCCGGAUCGGAGCGUGGAGUCGUACCGGUGGGAGGUCAACAUGCGAGUGAUGAUGACAAUCGCGGUCGCUCACUGGGCGAUCGUGCUGCCGUGGGCGUACGGAUGUAGGCUGCGGAGGGGCGGGUUUGGCUCGGGGAACCGGAGGCGGCUGUCGCACCCUGGCCGGCACUCGCUGGCGCUCUUUGCCGUCCUCUGGCACCUAGCGGCGCUCGCCGAGGUGUUCGAUUUCCCGCCAAUCUGGGGGUACCUGGACUCCCACGCGCUGUGGCACUGCGGCACGCCCCACUGUAUCUGGCUGUGGUACAGGUUUCUGAAGGAGGAUCUGCGGUGGGACGGAGUGGCGAAGAAGGAUCAAUGA